AAAUUUCACGUUUAUCUAGUCUUGGGCUGAAUAUGGAGCUGAUGCUGAAGGUAAGUUGGUACCAAUAAUGUCUCAGUUGUGUUCUGCUGUGAUGCUCUUUCYGGAUUUGGCUGGUGUUGGUAAAUACCUGAAGGGCUGUUUGGUGAGCUCUUGGUAAGGGUCACAGUGAUCUGUUAUGAUAAGUGAAUUUUAUUUGAAGAAACUUGAAUGUCAUCUCACCUCCUGAGAGCAGGUGCAGCAAAGGACUGUGUUGUAAGGCUUGUUUCUGGCUGUAUCUGUUGGUGCUUGUGCAGUGCUGCUCACCAGGAAGAGUCAGAUAUUCUCAAGCUCCAUUCUCCAAAAUCCACAUGAAUUUACUUGGCAAGUAAAUUAUGCUAGCAAGAAAACAUUAACUUUACAAACUCAUCCAAAUGCUUAUUUAAGUUGGUUUUGCAAUGUGCUUUUGGUGCUAGCUGCUGUUGAGCCAAAAAUUUUGAGCCCAGGACUCUGUGAGGGUGCUCCCAGCUCACAUAUGUGUAUUGACUUGUGGUUUAGCUCUGCUGCAGAAGAACAAAUUUUCUCUUGACUCUGAAUUCUAAAAGCUUUCGUAGUCACUGAGUGUUGCACCUGCUUCUUGCUACCAUCAGGCUGCAAGUAGGGUGCACACUUGCAAGUAAAUACUAAUUUUCUUCAACUCUUUUCAGAAAUGGCUCAAGAAGAGAUGGAAGUUGAYCUCCAGCCAGCAGCUGGUUACCCAGUGGAGAACCUCCAGGCACUUCCCCCUGAACCCUCUGGUCACACAGCGCUCUCAUCCCAUGUUGCUGUGCUUGGUGAAGGAGGAGGCAGCACUGCAGCCCUUCCUGCUGAUGAUGAUGUUGUCACUCUCAACGCUGCUACAAGGGAAGUGGCUGCUGAGCCUGAUCCACCACCAAGCCCUGCCACGGGGCUGCAGAGGCUACAAGGGGUGUUUGAUCCAUACCAGCCCCUGCCUGUGCCACAGCUCACACAGCGUCCUCAAGUGAGGAGAGCUCUCACGCAGCAGAGAAUUGGUGGUUCCCAGCGGACAAUCAGUGCCAGGGCAUCAUUGGACCGUUACUUUCAACUCAGCAGGACCCAAGAGCCAGCUGCAGGACCAGUUCCACACCUGGAGCCCCCCCGUAUUGCAAGGGACACCCAGGAACAGCACCCAGAUGAGAUAGUGGAAGUGAGUGACUCUGACAGCAGCACUUCUGCUGAGGAGGAGGAGGAGGAGGAGGAAGCAGUGGAGGCAGCAGCACCGCUGUUACCAUCAGCCCAGGAGACACCUCCAGCAGCAAGCUCAGUUUCCAGUCAGGUCCAAGCAGAGCCACCUCAAGCUUUGUCUCAAGCUUCUUCAGAACAUGAAAAUCAUGAAUAUGAAGCUGAAGUCCAGCAAAARCAAACAAGUCCACUAAAGAAACUGGAGCCAUCAGUCCCUGUUGCACAUCUGGAUGAGGAGGAAGGAGAUACGUGUGCAAUCUGCUUUGAGCAGUGGACCAAUGCUGGGGACCACCGUCUGUCAGCGCUGCGGUGUGGGCACCUCUUUGGCUACACAUGCAUUGAUAGGUGGCUCAAGGGACAGGCAGGRAAGUGCCCUCAGUGCAAUAAGAAGGCCAAGCGCUCSGACAUUGUGAUCCUGUACGCCCGCACGUUGAAAGCGCUGGACACCAGUGAGCAGGAACGCAUGAGAAGCUCUUUAGAAAAGGAGCAAAUGUUGCGGAGACAGGCAGAGYUGGAAUCUGCACAGAGCCGUCUCCAACUCCAGGUUCUGACAGAUGAAUGCAGCAAACUCCGCAAGCAAGUUCAGGAGCUGAAGGCUCUGGUGGCCCAGUACAAUGUGAGCACAUCCCAGCAACCUGGCAGCUCCCGUGCCUGCCUCCCAGGCAGCCUCCCCGCCAGCCAAAGCCAGCGCAAGUACCACCUGGAAAAGGUUUUUUUGGUGUCUCAGGCUGGGAACUGCAGAGUAAUGGCAUACUGUGACUCACUGAGUUGUCUUGUGGUAUCACAGCCUUCUCCACAAUCUACUUUUAUUCCUGGUUACGGUAUUAAGAUGAUGAGCUUGGCCAACCUGAAGAGCAGUCAGUACAUCCCCAUCCACRCUAAGCAGAUUCGGGCCCUGGCUUUCGGCACUCGAGCAGAUGGUUUGCUGCUCUCUGCUGCCCUAGACAACACUCUUAAACUCACCAGCCUGGCAACAAACACUGUGGUGCAGACAUACAAUGCUGGCCGUCCUGUGUGGAGCUGCUGCUGGUGUCUUGAUGAUACAAACUAUGUCUAUGCUGGAUUAGUCAAUGGCUCUAUCAUGAUAUAUGAUCUGAGAGACACAAACUCUCAUGUCCAAGAACUAGUCCCUCAGAAGUCCAGGUGCCCCAUGGUAUCACUGUCCUACCUGCCCCGGAUGGCUUCAGCAUCACUGCCUUACGGUGGAAUAUUGGCUGGGACUUUGGAAGGAGCCUGCUUUUGGGAACAGAAAGCUGGCAACUCCUACAGGCCUCAUCACCUGCCCCUGGAACCUGGAGGCUGCAUYGAUCUCCAAACAGAGAUCAACACACGGCACUGCCUGGCCACGUACAGGCCUGGUAAAAAUAACCCAUGUGUGCAUUGUGUGAUGAUGGAACUGACUUGCAGCCCACUGACGGAGGCCUCUGAAGAUGUAGUGUGUUCUUCUAACCCGGUUCAGACYUUCAGUGCUGGGCCCACUUGCAAGUUGCUGACCAAAAAUGCCAUUUUUCAGAGCCCAGAGGAUGAUGGGAGUGUCUUUGUGUGUGCUGGUGAUGAGGCAUCCAAUUCUGCCCUGCUCUGGGAUGCUGGAAGUGGUUCCUUGCUGCAGAAGCUGCCAGCUGACUUGCCUGUGCUGGAUAUCUGYCCCUUGGAAGUGAACCAAACCCACCUCUUGGCUACUCUGACAGAGAAGAUGGUGAAUGUCUAUAAGUGGCAAUGAACUGUCCCUACACUUGCCACAGACUGUCCAAAUAUGCUGCUGAUAACCCUACACAACUGCUCAGUCCUGCACGUGAUGCUUACAGGAGUCAGGAUCCAUUACAGCACCUUUCUAGCAGUGGAAGGAACUGGGAUAUGCUGGUGCCCAGAGCAAUUCCUUUCUUUUCUGUAUUCCUCUUUAGGCCUGCCCUUAUUUCCUCUUUUGUCAUUUUUUUUAGUCAAACUCCACAAGCUGCCUCAGCACAGCAAUAAUUCCUGGAGUGUCUCCAGCAUGUGUUGCUGCACUUUUUUUCUACUGUGAAUGCAGCACAGGGACUUCCAAAUCUCUGCUACAAAUGAAUAAAAUAAGAGGAGCUUGAAGACCUGAGACUCCCACUGCACUUUCUUGUGGAAUCCUGCUGUGAUUACUGGGUGAUGAAAAGGCACCUCAUAGCAUUGCUGAUACACAGUGUGAAAGCAAGUUCACUGCUGUGGGGAACACGCUCCCAACMUUCUAUUGAAGGUCUAGGGUCAGCUGGCAGUUAUUCCCUAACAAGGAUGGUUCCUGUUUUGGGGCCACGGAGAGAACAGGCUUGGAAAAUCUACAGAGAACCUUUUUCCUUUGUGGUUUUUUUUUUCCAUGAGCAUAUAAUGUGCACUGUAAUUCCUAAAUUCUCUGCCUCCUUUCCCUUCUGUUCUUCCUGCUUUACCUGCAAGCAAACUUGGAUAGUUUGGUUGUGAAAAAUGAAAAUAGCRCUGGAGAAGUACAGGUAAAGAAGAGGGAAAUGAUUCUUGUACUGAUGGCUGCAAGCAGUCCAGUGUUCUUCCUUAAAGACAGGAAUGUAUGAAACAGUCAUUACAUUGGAAAAGAAUGCUGGCUGCUUUUGUUGUUUGGGGGUAGGAGAGUUGCCUUUUUUCUGUCUUGAGGAACUGGUGGAAGUUCAGGGAUUUCAUCAGCUUGUUUUUACUGACCUCAUGCAUUCCUUAAAUCACAGUUUCCAGCUCACAACUGGUCACAGAGAGCUUCCAGCUGUGUUUGUGUGAGCAUGCUGCAGCCACUGGUUUAUGUAUAUGUGAGCCCAUCGGGUGGGAUCACAGCUCAAGGAUGUGUGUGAGCAGGUGGGCUCUUAGCACCUUACUUUUMAUACUCUGAGGGCUGGGGUGUUGAUCUCCAGGUCAGAUCAUGGAGAGGGGGUCUUCAGUUCCAUUUGAAGUGUAACAGACUCAAACUUGUGAGACUGUUGGAAGCAGCAAGACAAGUUCCCUGUGCUGGAAGGUUAUUUCUUGGCACACCUCUACCUCUGGAUUUGGUGUGCAGCAGUUGUCCCAUUCAGAUUGAGUGUGUCACCACUUCARCUGCCAGGAUAAUUUUAUUUGAAGUCUGAGGCUUGCACAAUGUGAUCCUGUUUGUCUUAAAUGGGACUGAGAUCUCAACUCAACUUUAUAUUUUUCUGUAUAGUACUUUAUUCCUAUAUUUUUAUACUGUAAAAAUAAAGUC